AUGAAACAGUUUUUGGUGCUCCCGCUACUUUGCAAAGUUGCUUUUGGACGUGCGAAUCCUAUUGCGUUUGCUGAGGCUCUUGCUUUAGAGCAUGGCUCUGAUUAUGCAAACACCAUGGGUGAAAUUGCAAUGCUGUAUCCAACUGAUAGAGAAUGGUCGGAAGAGGCUGAAACCAUUGCUCCAUGUGGUUCCUAUGCCGCUCCUUCCAAUAGAUCGGAGUUCCCGCUGGACGACGGUUUCGUGGCUUUAGUUGCCAAGUCUCACCAGGCAUGGUCUGUCAACCUCAAAAUUUCCUACAACAACAAUCCAACGUCCAAUGAUGACUUCGACACCUGGGCUGCCCACAACCUGACCAACCAGAUCGACAUCGGACACACGUGCUUCUAUCUGCCGGACAUUCCUUCGAACAUCAAUAGCGGAGAUUAUGCUACCAUCCAGUUGGAAUACAUGGCGCUGGAAGAUGAGGCGAACGUGACUCACUACGCCUGUGCCGAUGUUGAGUUUGUUGAGAAGAGCGUCUUUGAGGUGACUGAGUUCGCUCUGAACUGCUUCAACGCUACCGACGACAACUACUACUCCAGCGAGGUCACUGUGGACACUUCUUCGUGGCUCUCGUCUGCCUCCUCAGCACACUUUGCUACAUUGUCUGAGAGCACCACCUCCAAGGCUACCACCGCCACCUCCACGUCGAGCAGCAGCAGAAGCACAACCAGCUCUGCUUCCUCCAGCUCUUCUUCUAGCUCUUCUUCCAGCUCCCAGGGCAUGGCAGGACAAGUUGCGGCCUCUGGUCCGUUCGGACUUGUUUUUGGCUCUCUCCUGUUCUUCCUUCUAUAA